AUGAAUUAGACAAGUGAAAAUCUAGAUGCACUUAAAACUUAUUAAGACAUACUAUUUGAAGAAAUGACUUCAAGAAAAAGCAAUGGAGAGCAGUAAAAUUAAAAAGUAAAGACUAGAGGUUCAUAGAGAUCUGAAACAACAAUUAGAUUUUCAAGUUCUUCUAAUCUCUCAAGAAUAUUUAAAGGAUUACCUUAAGAUCCAAGAAUUAAAGGCACAGGGUAGAUGACUUCAUUAAAUUAGAUUUAGUAUUCUUAAUCACAGUCAAUUUUAAAAGAUAUGAGGCCAACAUUAGAGAUCUAAAUGAAGAAUUACUUAAGCUCGAUCCAAAAUGAAUAUUAGAAAAAGGAUUAAGUUUUAGAAAAACUGAAGUAAGAACUUGAUUUCUGGAAAGGUUUAUCUCAAGCAACUCAAGGACAUACUUAAUUAGAUGGGAAUUAAAUAUCCUAGGUCAAACGACUUCCUGCUGCAUUUACUUCGAAAAUGUCUUUCAGAUCUUCUAUUCUUGAGAAAACGGUUGACAGUUCCAUACAUAAAGGCUAUGAUAAUUACUUGACAGCCUAUACGAUUGAAUAAUUACUGGAAAAGCAAGAUUUCCUAGCUGUUAAGUUAUAGCAGCUAGAGUAAAAAUGUCUUGAAGAGACCUCUGACUGGCUUACAUUAGACAAGUUAAAGAAAAGAUUAUAUACUUAGAAGCUGUUCGAUUAUCAAGAGUACUGUCACAAAAUGCCAGAACUUCAUAAGCUAAUGCAUAUGUAUGGUAAUAUAAAGCAAGCUGCUUUUCUUAAUUAGGCCUCACUUCUGACUGCAACUUCAGGAUUCACUAGAUGCAGGGAUAAUUUGGUUGAAAUUAUUAGAAACAACACAGAGAAAGUUAAUUUAAAAAAAUAAGAAUUAGUACACUAAGAAAAUGAAGUGAAGUCUAUGAAAUUUAUGAUAACUCAGAAAUCUAAUUCAUAUUAAGUUGUUAAAAGAAAGUUAGAACUUCUCAAAAAGGAAAAUAAAGAGAUAAACAUUGAUUACAUGAAAUCUCAGCUCUUUUAAAAAAGAAAAUUUGAAAUGUUACAACUAAUUGAUGCAAAUUUAUUGGCUGGACUUUAUAAUUACUAUAACAAUUAAAGAAAAUUUGAAAAAAAUGAAAGGAGUAGUACUCAUGAUGAGGACAUUAGGAAUAUGUUCUUGUUCGAACUGAGACUUGCAUAAGAUGAAUAUUAAAGAGAACAUGAAUAUUAUAUGACUAAGUAUUGCAUUAAUGACCUUACUCCUGAGAUAACAUAUGUUGUACAAUAAAAAUUUGAAAACAUCGAAGAAAAAUAAUGCUUUGACUCUGAGAGUGUCACAAAGCUAACUAACUAUAUCGAGGAAUCUACAAUAUACAAUUAAUCAUUACAAAUUAAAAGUAGUGAUUUAACAAUUGAGAUAUCUAAGCGCAAGGAUGAACUAAAUGAGUUAAGAAAGCAGUUAGAUGACUAUAAAAGAAAAAAUAGUCUCGAUUAGCAUUUAGUGACAGGGUAAUCAGGUGCCUCUUUUAUUUUCGAAGAAGAUCUCAGAAAUAGUAUUAACACAUCUUUCCAUUAGCAGUUUAACAAACAAAGCAUUUAAUAAAUUGAAAAGUAAAUAGAAGAGAAAAAAGAAGAAAUUGUCAAUUAAAAGAUUUUUGUAAAAAGCUUUUAGAACAUAGUGAAAGAUAUUGUACUCAAGAUCUGCGCGAAAAUUCUUAAAAUAAGAGAGCAUGCUCCACAAAGACUGAGGGAAGUUCAUUUUCCAACUGAAUUGAUGAAUUUAAUCUGCUAAUAUCAAAAGCCACAGGCAAGAUCUACUAAAAAACUAACAAAUGAUUUUUAAAACAUUUUGCUUUACACACCUAUAGUUCCAGACAUUUAAGGCUCUAUUAAAUUAGACAAUGGUCAAGAUACUCUUGGACUUCAAACUGAAUAAGAUGAAGAACAAGUAGUAGAUGUAUUUGCAGUUUAAAGUGAAGACGAAGAUAGCAAUAAGUCUGAUUCAUUUACAAAAAAAGCUGAGGCUGAUGUUAAGAAGCUAUUGAAAAGUACAGUUGAACUGAAGUAAAAGAAGAAGUAGCAACAGAUAGAGAAUUAACAAGCACUUAAGAAAAAAGAUGAAGAAACUAGUAAUGAUACUAAUUAAACGAAAUCAAAGUUGAGUGCCUAAAGAGACCUUGUGUCCGAUUUAUGGUCUAGAAUUAAGGAAUAAGAUAAAGUGCUUUAGCAACCAUAUGACUCAGAUAAUACACUUAAAAAGAGUUUAUAGUCAGCAUUGAAGAAAAUGAUGGAAGGCUUGUAAAGAACUUUGCAUCUUAAAGUCCUACUCUUUCAGAUAGAUUAUAACAAAUAGAUACUUUAUGAAGAAUUGAAAUAAGAUGGAACUCUGCCAGAAAGCUAUGAUAUCUCAAUUAAAAGAUUCAACAAGCAUUAUGAUAUUUGCUAUAACAAACUUAAUUUAGAAAACAGACUUCCCAAAAGAAGUAAGAACUCUAAAGUUCAAAAUUACAACGAGUUGAAUGAAGAUUAAAACUACAAUGAGAACUCUUUUUUAAAGCACUAGUACGACAAGGAGAAAGCAGACUUUGAAAAAAGAUAUAGAGAAAUGAUUUUCGGGAAGAAAAAGAAGAAAAGUAAGCUCAGCUUCAAAGAACGAAAGAGAAUAAAGUUCUUCAACUCACUCCAUGAAAGAGGACACAAUGUGGAUAAAGUUAGUGAGCAUCAAACUAAUGUCAAGUAUACACAAGUCCAAAAGACUAUAAGCAAUUACCAGAAAUCUGAAAAUAAAUUCAUUAACUAAAUAUCUUAAAACUUCGAAAUGGCUUAAAGAUAAAUAGAACAAGCUACUGGGUAGGUGUAUAUUAGCAAGAAGUAUAAGCAAGGCGGUUCUCCAACCAGUAAUUAGAAAAAUGCAGGACCUCAGAAACUUGAAAGCUCAAAUGCAAAGCAGAACUAAAUCGAAGUAUUUAGCCAGUCAGUUAUUCCACAAAAUUAAACGUAAAAUUAAAUUGGCUCAAGGAGGAAUUCUAGGAUAGGAAUAGGCUUAGCUGUACCAGAGGAAUUGUUAAAAUAAAAUGACUUUAAUGACAAAGCUAUUAAUGAAAGAAAAGGUAGUGCUGAUCUUUUGAGUCCUCAAACUGUUACAAUUCCAAGUUCAAGCACUCAUAAACCAAGAAAUUUCUUUGGACCCAGUUUUAGUAGGGAUUAUCUAUAGACAGGUUUGCCAACACUAGUUGAAAAAUCUCAAGUUGAUAAUAAUACUUAGUUGAGACAAGGUAAGCAUGGAAUGAAGAUGUAAGAUUCAUUUAAAAGCUAAUAGUUAGAGAAGAUUUAACCCAAUUCUACUAGAAACAAAUCACUUUUUAAAAACCAUGAAAGCCAAGUAAAUCUUUAAAAUGGCAGGUCUUCAUCAUCAUCUUCAUGGUUUAAAGUCAAUGAAUCUAAAAGGUCUUUCUAGGCUGUUAAUAAUUUCAGGAAAAACACACCAACUAUUGAUACUUUACUUAAUGAAGACAUAAUAACUUAAAGUAGGCCUAAAAUAAUGAUAGGCAACUUUAAAUCACCAUAGAAUUAAGAUCUUAGAUCUGAGACUAUUGAGAAUGCCAAGUAGGAAUAUUUUAGUACCAGGAAUUCAAGGGUCAAGGCAAAUCAGAUUUUUAAAACAAUAGUAUCUCCAGAGGACAACAAAAAUAAAACAGAUAGAAUUUGUGGGGCAGAAGAAUAAUAAAUUGAAUCAAUAAAGCAUAAUGAGAAGUUGACUAAACCUUAACUGAUUAAAGUUAAAUCUGAUUAGAAAUUUGGUAGUCUUGAGAAGAUAUAUGAGAGUGAUUUGAAAUUUAAACAAAAGAGAUUAGCCCUUUGA